AUGUCGAGAUCCACGUCCAAUUUUGGAAGAAGUAUAGGCUCUUCCUCCUCUUCCAUCCACCGCCGAAACCAAAACCAACACGCCAAUGACUUCUUUCCGUUACUUUCAUUCAAAGAAAUUGCGGUUUGUUUGGAAAGUUGUAACAUCAACGUUACCGAAGAAAAUCUUUCUAGACCAACCUCUCAAUUCACCCAGCAUUUAUUUAAUGAUUUGAUACCUCCAGAGUUUUUAUCAACAAAGUUGAACAAAAAACUCGAAAAGUUUCGUGAGCAGACCAAUCUUGGAGAUGAAUUCAAUGAUGUUUCCCAAUCUUUACCAAUCAUCGCGUUACAAAGAGAAUUAUACGAGUUCAUGAAAGUUUGCGGGAUUUCCGAUUUUAAUUUCCUUGACAUUUACAAACCAGAUUCUUAUAGAUUAAGCCGGAUCUUGAGUGCGAUUGUCAACUUUGCGCGAUUCAAAUACGAACGCUCGAAUGACUAUCAAGAAUUAAUCGAUGUUAGUGAGCAAUUUUUGAUCAAAAGAAAUCAAUUGAUUGAUGAAAAUACCCAAUUAAUGCGCAAUAUCGAAACUAUAGAAAACAAGCACCAAAAUAAAUCUAAAGAAAAAAUCAGUGAAAUCAACGAUUAUCAAGCGAAGAUUCAGCGGGAUUUGAAAGAAUUGAAAUCGAUUCAGGAUAAAUUAUCGCAAGAGCAUUUGAAUUACAAACAAAAGCGGAAUGAAUUAAUCGGGGAGAUCGAGUUGCAAAAUGAAAACAUCAUUAAUACUACAAGAGAAAACGAUGAGAUUGAUGCGUUAAUAAACAAAAUUGAUUUGAAGAACCCGGAAAACACUAAGAAUGAGAUCAACGAUCUUAAAAAAGAGUUGGCAAAUUUGAAGAUCAAAUUAACUAAUAUAGAAGAUAAAGAUCGCAAGAUCCAAGUGACAAUUGACUCCAUCAAGUUGAUCGGGAAUGAUAUUGAAAGUUUAAUCAAUUUGAAGAAGAACAUCAAGAAUGAGUUGAGAACCUCUAAUGAACAACAAUUGAAGUUAACAAAGUAUAAUGAUGCUAAGGACUACAAAAACUCGGAAUUGAUCAAUUUGAAUAAGAAAAUUCAACAAGUGCAACAACAGAUUGAUAAUGUGAAUGAGAAAAUAGCAAGAUAUUCGAAUCAAAGGCAAGAGAAAAUGAUCAAAAACACAGAUAAAAUGAAAGCUUUGCAAGAAGAAUACACAAAAUUAAUGUUGGAAAAGAAAAACAAAGAUAAAGAAGUUAAUGAAAAGCACGCCAAAUUGAGAGAAUUGACGUUAAAGACUAAAAAAUUGGUUGAUGAUUUCGAAGAAGAAUUGAAUGAUACUCAAUAUCAAGUUAGACUAUUAUGGCAGCACAUUGAAGUUUAUAUGAAAAAGAUGGAGAUGGAGUUGGCCCAUAAUGUCUUUGAGUGA